AUCUUCUUCUUCUUCUUCUUCUUCUUCUUGUCUCUUUUUGCCCUAUCUUCUAGGGUUCUUUGCUCUUUCAUGAAUCUUUGUCUUCGUUCUCUAUUAUUAUUGAUAAUCAACGUCUUUGUUCUUCUUCAAAUCGUGUUCGAAUUAUGUCUGGAAUCUUCGGAUUUAGUGGUGAUGAAGAUUUUUUCCUUGGGGGAUCGAUGUAUCUAUCACCAGGGAGCUGUCCUGGUGUAUAUUUCCCAGCGCAUAAGAGGUUGCGUAUCGCUGCGCCGUCUGUUUUCAGCGGGUUUGAGCAGAAGCAAACUUCGAUCGAUGUUUUGCCAGAUGAGUGUUUAUUUGAGAUCCUUAGACGUUUGCCUUCUGGACAAGAGAGGAGUGCUUGCGCUUGUGUGUCCAAGCAUUGGCUUAAUCUCUUGAGUAGUAUCAGUAGGAAUGAAGUGGAUGAGUCAGUUCAGGAUGUGGAGGGUGAAGGGUUUUUGUCAAGAAGUUUGGAAGGUAAGAAGGCUACGGAUUUGAGGCUGGCGGCGAUCGCAGUUGGGACAUCAUCCCGUGGUGGGUUGGGGAAGCUUCAGAUCCGUGGGAGUGGGUUUGAAAGCAAAGUGACAGAUGCUGGUCUUGGAGCAAUUGCACAUGGUUGUCCAUCUCUUAGGGUUCUUUCUCUGUGGAACUUGCCUGCAGUUAGUGAUAUGGGUUUGUCUGAGAUCGCUCGGUCAUGUCCCAUGAUUGAAAAACUUGACCUUUCACGAUGUCCAGGAAUAACUGAUAGUGCUUUGGUUGCAAUAGCUGAGAACUGCGUGAAUCUGAGCGAUCUGACUAUUGACUCGUGUUCUGGUGUUGGAAACGAGGGUUUAAGGGCUAUUGCACGACGCUGUACCAAUCUGAGAUCUAUCAGUAUCAGGAGCUGCCCACGCAUUGGAGAUCAAGGUGUUGCCUUCCUCUUGGCCCAAGCUGGUUCUUACCUGACGAGAGUGAAACUGCAGAUGCUGAACGUAACUGGUAUGUCUCUUGCUGUUCUUGGUCACUACGGAGCAGCAGUCACUGAUCUUGUGCUUCAAGGCCUUCAAGGUGUGAACGAGAAAGGCUUCUGGGUGAUGGGAAAUGCAAAAGGGUUGAAAAAACUGAAGUCCCUCUCAGUAGUGUCGUGCCGAGGCAUGACAGAUGUUGGUCUCGAAGCUGUUGGAAAUGGUUGCCCUGAUCUGAAGCACGUCUCUCUGAACAAAUGCUUGCUAGUUUCUGGCAAAGGACUUGUUGCUUUGGCAAAGUCUGCUUUGUUGCUGGAAACUUUGAAACUUGAGGAAUGCCACAGGAUCAACCAGUUUGGUCUUUUGGGUUUUCUUAUGAAUUCUGGCUUAAAGUUGAAGGCUUUCUCUUUGGCAAAUUGUCUGGGCAUCAGCGACAUCAACGCAGAAUCACCUCUACCAGCACCCAGUUGCAGCUCUUUACGAUCUCUGUCAAUCCGUUGCUGUCCUGGGUUUGGGGAUGCAAGUCUCGCUUUCUUGGGGAACUUCUGUCAUCAGCUUCAGGAUGUUGAACUCUGUGGACUGAAUGGAGUGACAGAUGCAGGUGUGCGCGAGUUGCUUCAGAGCAACAAUGUUGGUCUAGUGAAAGUGAAUCUGAGCGGAUGUAUAAAUGUUUCAGACAACACAGUCUCUGCAGUUUCCGUAUGCCACGGACACACAUUAGAGUCUCUUAACCUCGACGGCUGCAAGAACAUCACUGACACAAGCCUUGUCGCAGUAGCCAAGAACUGCUACUCAGUCAAUGACCUUGACAUCUCAAAUACUUUGGUCUCAGAUCAGGGAAUCAAGGCUUUGGCAUCUUCUCCCAACCAUCUGAAUCUUCAGGUUCUUUCCGUCGGCGGCUGCUCAGCGAUAACAGACAAAAGCAAGGCAUGCAUACAAAAACUCGGCCGCACACUCUUGGGACUAAACAUCCAACGUUGUGGCAGAAUCAGCAGCAGCACUGUGGAUACCCUUCUGGAACAACUAUGGAGGUGUGAUAUACUCUACUAAAUCCCACUUUUAAAACCUUAGCACCAUCAUCAUCAGUCAAGUCUUUUUCCUAGGUUUUGGUGGCUAGAAACCCAUAGAUUCCAGAACUUAGUUUCUUUCCCAGGACGCAGCAGUUGUUUUUUAAACUUUUUUUGGCAGGUUCCUUCUAAACAAAGGAGCCUGUUUCUACAACUGUUAGUGUUCCUGUGAAUCCCGUCACUGAGUUCUGGUUAUCUAGUUAGGGUUUUAGUCUUGACCGUCUUUUUGGAGUUGUUGUCUCUCUAUGUUCAGUCAAGUUCUUGUAGGAGUCCUUUGUUCUAUGGUUUAGGUUCGUGAUUAGUGCCUUUAUCUUACUUCCACUUUAGAGCUUUUGGCAAUGGCGGUGUAACCUCUUAGUCGCCAUUACAACUCUUUGGAGUUGUUUUUUUGUGUUUUGUUUCUGCCAAUAGCUCUGUUUUUUUUUCCCACUUGUUUUUGAUUAAGGCACUAUCUGUAACACUGAAUCAUUGUAACUUUUGUACUCUAUAUAAAAAGCUUUUUCCUGAA